AUGGAGGCCUUACUCAAAUUACAGCCUGUGAAUGCCAUGACUAACGUCAGGGGAAUCCGAGCUGUUCUCGAUAAUUUGGAAAUUCAGGUUAGAGGUGUACAAGCUCUGGGAAUUGAUUCUGCACAGUAUGGAACUCUUUUGAUUCCUAUAUUCAUAGAGAAGUUGCGGGAAGAAUUGCGAUUGAUAGUCAGCAGGGAACAUAAGGAUAACUGGGAGCUAACUUCUGUAAUAAAGACUGUCAAAAAUGAAGUCGAGGCCCGUGAAAGGUGUGGUAUGAAUACAUCUGUGGAGAAAAAAUCCCCAUUAAAGAAAUCGUUUAACCCUGGUAAUGAAUCGUCUGCGAGUGCAUUGUUGAGCGGAAAACGUGGGGAGUUAAACUGUUUGUUUCGCAAAGGAAAUCACCGAGCGCCUGAGUGCCAAGUUGUCACAAAUAUUGAUGAAAAAAGAUAA